UACCGAAGUCGUCAGUUGGUAUUGCAAAUUUAUUGUUUGUUUAGAAUUUGUAUUCUUUGAUUACUAAAUUAAUAAAAAAUAACGGUAUAAAUCUAAUUUACAUACACUUAUAAUAAUAUUAGGUACAACAAUGACGGCUACCGAUAAUGAAUAUCCCAAAGCUUCAAAUACAAUAUUGAUUGGCGCGAGCAUCACUUAUGUGGCUGGUUUAUUCCUGUUGCUUUCCUUUGCUGGCCCGUACUGGAUAGAAUCAUACCCUGAAAUGUUUUCCUCUUUCAAGCACAUGGGGUUGUGGGAGUAUUGUUUUGACCGGUUUAGAUUCCCAUCAUAUCAAUUUGAUAAGCUGUUCCAUGGAUGUCAUUAUAUUUUUAGUCAGGAAUUUUAUGUAAUAAGAGAGUGGCUUCUUCCUGGUUGGCUAAUGGCAGUGCAAUCAUUUGUCACAUUAGCCUUGAUGCUGUCUCUGAUAUCUCAAGUUCUACUGGCAUGUGUCAUAGUAAGAUGGCCAUUACGUACUGUUCUGCGUUAUGAAUGGGUUCUUGUAUCUGCUGCAUUUGUUAUGGUGACAAUUUCAAGUGUUUUCUUGUUUCUGGGAGUGGCAGUGUUUGGAGGAAACUGUUAUAGACGGGACUGGUUGUUGUAUCCUUCAUUCAAUGUUCUCUCGUGGUCCUAUGCUUUUGCUGUUAUUGCUUUUAUUAUGUUCGGUGCUGCCGCCAUCCUCUUAUACCUAGAAUCGCGGAAACUGUAUGAGCUACGGCUUGAAGCUAAGAACCUCGUGGCUCAGAUGCAACAUAGUCAACCUGAGCACGCCUUACAGCAGUUGCGUGAUCAGUUGCAACAACAACGUCAGUGGAAUAUGUAGACACUGUGAAACAUAUUGUUGUUCCGUGAUGUUUGUACGUUCUUUCGUAUUGCUCCAACCAUAAUGUAUGUAAUGUUCACUUGCAAAAAUUAAUUCUAUUUCUAUCACAUUACUUUUUCAAAUGAGCACACUUUCAUAUUUUAUAUAUAUUUUUAAACAAGUAGCAUUGAAAUCUGAUUUAUAUAAAUGAAACAUUUUAAAGUACCUAUAAGUAACGGUUUAUAGUGAUCGUUAUUGAUUUAAAGUUUAUUCUUAUAUUAUCUUUAUAUAUGUAACAGUAUUAUUAUUAUUUAUCGGAUGAAAGUGUUAUAUGUAAUUUUUCAUUUAGUGAUGAACCUCUUAAGUCUAUUUUCAAUAACGUAUGGUGGAAAAUGAAAAAUGAAUAAUUAUUUAAAACAAAUACUAAAUAUUUUCCCUAUACAUUUAUAUAGCUUUAGAACAUUUGGACGAUUUGUGGUAUAUACCACUUAAUAAACUAAAUUUUCAAAAGAGAAUAAUGUGGCGUGCCUUACUCAAAUUUAUAAAAAUGAUUAAAUUUAUUGCCUUUAGCUAUAAAAAUCACUACAUCCUGUUAUGAAUGUUUAAUAGAGUUUCAAAAUAGUAUUACUAAAGGGGUGUAUUCUUAUAAUAUGCAUUUAUGUUUUUACUCAAAUUUAAGUUAAUGUAUGAUGGUUGCAUGUUGAGAAAUGUAGAAAUAUUUGCAACCCAGGUGUACCAUAGAUAGAACUAUUUUAGUAUUGGUACUAUUUUAAUAUGAGAUCAUAUCAUAGGGAUGUUAUAGUGACGAAUUCCUAUUACUUACAAAUAACUAUUUUCAUGGAGACUUAUUAUUUUAUUUUAUAAAGCAUGACUGAUACCUCCGCCCACUGAAAUGUACUUAUUACUUAUUUGGAGACUGAGUGCAAAAUAAUAAUUAAUACCUCACUUCAGAUUUAUUCUCAAAUCUUUGAAUCUCGCUGUAAUUUGUGUGUCAGUUUAUUAUUUGCUUGAUUGGACUUAAAUGCACUAAUAUUAUAUUAGUGACAUAUUAGGAUACUAGCGUCUUAUAAAUGACUUUCUCAUAUUUGAGUUUAUUUUUAACAUUAGUUUCAUGUAUGUAUUAUUUUAAUUUUAUUUUAUGAUUCUCGACAAUUAUUCUUGUAUUAUAGAAUAUAGUAAUGCCGUAAUAUUGACUGAUUUCAGUUUAAUUAUUAACAAGUUUACCUAUAUAUUUUAUUUUGACGCUUACGUACAUUUUUAUGAAGUCCUAUUCUUCUCUAACAUAUUAUUAAUCUAUAUUAAUUAUAAUGAAUAUAUAUUAAUAUAAUUUGUUAUAAUUAUACUUAAUAUUAUUUAAAUAUUACACACGUUACAAAUAAUUACUUAACUCAUAUCCUUUGUCGAGAGUCAAUUUAGUUUUAGUAUUAGACUAAUCCGUCCAAUUAAACUAGUAUAUAUUAGUGUAUAUUCCCAUUUGAUGGAUAAGCAUGAUGUACUGAGAUAUUAUGUAUAUAUUUGAGUGGAAAUAUAUUUUUACCUAAAAAAAUCUGUAUAAU